AUGUCUGCUACUACUAAGACCGUACCAUUGUAUUCAGCAACUGAUUUAAGCAAGCAUGCUACCGAAAAGGAUUGCUGGGUUACAUUAUACAAUAGAAGAAUUUAUGACAUCACCACAUUUUUAGAUGAACAUCCGGGUGGUAAAGAUAUAUUACUGGACUAUGCCGGUAAGGAUAUCACUGAGGUCAUGAAAGAUUUAGACGUUCAUGAACAUAGUGAUAGUGCAUACGAGAUUUUAGAUGAUAAUUAUUUUAUCGGUGUUUUGGCCAAUGAAGAGGAAACAACCAGGUUGUUGAGUAAUCCAGAUCAUGUUGUCGAAGUUUCUACCUCUUCUUUGAAUGUCAAUGAUGGUUAUUUUGUUAAAGAUUUACCAACUGAAGAUAAGUUAAGAAUUGCUACUGAUUACAAAAAAGAUUGGGAAAACCACAAGUUUUUGGAUUUAAAUAAACCUUUGUUAUGGCAAGUUUUGUUUGGGAAAUUUACUAAAGAAUUUUAUGUUGACCAAAUUCACAGACCAAGACAUUACGGUAAAGGUUCUGCUCCCAUUUUUGGUGUUUGGUUUUUAGAACCAUUAAGUAAAACACCAUGGUAUGUUAUCCCAUCAACCUGGUUGCCAUUUGUAUGCUAUUUUUUUUAUAAAGGUGUGACUCAUAUGAACCCAUUUUUUUCUGUUUUCUUAUUUGGAGUUGGUUUGUUUGUUUGGACUUUGAUUGAAUACAGUUUGCAUAGAUUUUUAUUUCAUUUUGAUCAGAAUUUACCUGAAUCACAAAUUGCCUUUACUUUCCAUUUCUUGGCCCACGGUGUUCAUCAUUAUUUACCAAUGGACAAGUUCCGUUUAGUUAUGCCACCUGCUUUGUUCAUUGUUUUGUGCACCCCAAUUUAUAAAUUGGUAUUUGCCAUCUUCCCAUACUACUGGGCUUGUUCUGGGUUUGCUGGUGGGUUACUUGGUUAUAUUUGUUAUGAUUUAACUCAUUAUUUCUUACAUCAUGCUAAAUUACCAUCCUAUAUGCAAAAAUUGAAAAAAUACCAUUUGGAACAUCAUUAUAAAAACUACGAAUUAGGAUUUGGGGUUACUUCCUGGUUUUGGGAUAAGGUUUUUGGUACCUAUUUGGGUGAUGAUGCUCCAACUUCUAAGAUGAAGUACGAUUAA